CGGUCGCUGGCCGGACGGUGGAUUUUUCAAUGGGGGUCGGAUUUUGUCAAUGAUCUGGAAAACAAUAAUUAAUAUAAGGAGACCACAAACUCACCAAUUUAUUGGAAAUAACGGGACCAUAGUGUACAUUUCAUACAAUAAGUUUCUGCAGCCCCCAUUGUGCCCCCACCAGGCCUGGUGAGCUAUAGCCAUGGUGGAUAACGAUGUUCAAAUGGACAUAGAUGCAGACAUUGACGAUGCUGGGGGAGCUAAGCUCUUUGAGCGCUCCCGUAUCAAGGCACUCGCAGAUGAGCGUGAGAUGGUUCAGAAGAAGACCUUCACCAAGUGGGUCAACUCCCAUCUCCAGCGCGUAUCUUGCCGCAUCGUCAACCUGUACACAGAUCUGAGAGAUGGUAGGAUGCUCAUCAAACUUCUAGAAGUUUUAUCCGGAGAGAGACUGCCCAAACCAACAAAAGGCAAGAUGCGAAUUCACUGUCUAGAAAAUUGCGACAAAGCGCUGCAGUUCCUGAAGGAAAAGAAGGUGCAUCUGGAGAACAUGGGGUCACAUGACAUCACCGAUGGUAGCCAUCGCUUGACCCUUGGUCUUAUUUGGACCAUCAUUCUCCGAUUCCAGAUUCAAGACAUCAGUUUUGAAGAUGAAGACAACCAAGAAACCCGCUCUGCCAAGGACGCCCUGCUUCUCUGGUGCCAGAUGAAGACUGCCGGCUAUGCUAACGUUAACAUUCGCAACUUCACCACGAGUUGGCGGGAUGGUCUGGCCUUCAAUGCACUGAUCCACAAGCACAGGCCAGACCUGAUCGAGUACCAGAAACUGACCAAGUCCAACCCCAUCCACAACCUGAACAAUGCCUUCAAUGUAGCUGAGCAGAAGUUGGACCUGUCCAAGCUGCUAGACCCAGAGGAUAUCAAUGUUGACCAUCCUGAUGAGAAGUCUAUCAUCACCUACGUUGUCACCUACUACCAUUGCUUCUCCAAGAUGAAGGUAGAGACGGUGUCCAGUAAACGUAUCGGCAAGGUCAUCACAACAGCCAUCGACAAUGACAAACUCAUCACUGAGUACGAUAAGAUCACCUCUGACCUCCUACAAUGGAUUGAGCAGACCAUCAUGAUCCUUAAUGAUAGGACGUUCUCCAAUAACCUACAGGGUCUACAACAACAGCUUCUAGCCUUCAGCACGUAUCGGACAGUCGAGAAACCCCCAAAGUUUGUUGAGAAGGGCAACUUGGAGGUGCUCCUGUUUACCAUACAGAGUAAGAUGAGAGCUAACAACCAGAGGCCAUUCACACCCAAGGAAGGCAAACUGGUCCAUGAUAUCAACAAGUCCUGGGAGAGACUAGAGCGAGCCGAACAUGAACGCGAACUUGCACUCCGCCAAGAGCUGAUCCGACAGGAGAAACUGGAACAGCUGGCCGCACGCUUUGACCGUAAAGCUGCGAUGCGUGAAACCUGGCUGAGCGAGAAUCAACGUCUGGUCGCUCAGGAUAACUUUGGUUACGAUCUACCAGCUGUGGAAGCAGCCGCCAAGAAGCAUGAGGCCAUUGAGACAGACAUCUAUGCCUACCAGGAGAGAGUGCUGGCUGUGGUGGCCGUUGCACAGGAACUAGAAGAAGAGAAAUACCAUGACAAUGAGAGAAUUAUUGCAAGGAAAGACAAUGUGCUGAGAUUGUGGGAUUACCUGAUUGAGUUGUUGAAGGGACGUCGUUCUCGUCUUGACCUGUCUGUUGAAGUACAGAGAAUCUUCCAGGAGAUGCUGCUACUUCUGGACUCCAUGGAGGAAACCAAGGUGCUUCUGUUGUCAGAAGACCUCGGUAAGCAUCUGAUGGGAGUGGAAGACUUGCUGCAGAAACAUGCUCUCCUAGAGGCUGAUGUUGCUGGGUAUGGAGAUAGAGUUAACACUGUCAACCAUCAAGCAUCUAAAUACAUGAAUCCUAAAGGACCUGAUGGCUCAGGCUACCAACCAGUGGAUCCACAGAUAGUGGCUGAUCGUAUGACCCACUUGGAGGAAAGCUACCAGGAGCUGUUGGAGCUCGCCCGUGGCCGCAAGGACCGUCUCGGAGAGUCACGCAAGCUAUGGCAGUUCUUCUGGGAUCUGGCCGACGACGAGAACAUGAUCAAGGAACAAGCCCAGAUCAUGAAAUCCACGGACAUUGGGCACGACCUCACCAGCAUCAACCUACUCAUCAAGAAGCAGAAGGCUCAAGAAGACGAGCUGGUAGGUCGUCAUGCCCAGCUGAUGGCCAACAUCAAGGUGGGUGAAGACCUGAUCGCAAAGGAGCACUUUGGAGCUCCUCAGAUCCAGUCCCGCAUCGCCAAGGUCAAGGAUGACUGGACGAACCUGGAGGCACUGUGUAAGCAGCGCCGAGAUCGUCUCAACGAGGCACAAGACAUGUACCAGUUCUUCGCCGAUGCCGAUGAUGUUGAUACCUGGAUGUUGGAUACACUCCGUCUGGUCUCCAGUGAAGACGUGGGACGUGAUGAGCCAAGUGUUGAGUCACUACUCAAGAAACACAAGGAAAUCACUACCGAGUUACAGAAUUACACAGCGGUGAUCGAUGGUCUCCACACUCAAGCACAGGAGCUUGGCGAACAGGACCGCGAUUCCCCUGAGGUUCAAGCUCGUCUUGGUACCAUCAACCGUCGCUACAAGGAGCUGUUGGAGCUUGCCAAGCUGCGUAACCAACGUCUUCUCGAUGCCUUGUCUCUCUACAAGCUCUUCAAUGAAGCAGACACAGUGGAGGCCUGGAUCGAUGAGAAGGAGCAAACAUUAAAUUCAGUCAUACCACUAGAAGACCUAGAAUCCAAUGAUGUCAUCUUGACGCGCUUUGACCGCUUUGAGAAGGAGAUGGAGAUCAACGCCCCCAAGGUGGCCGUUGUUAACCAGCUUGCGCGUCAGCUUCUGCAUGUUGAGCAUCCCAACUCACAGGAGAUCACCAGCAAGCAGAAUCACCUUAACCAACGCUGGGCAGCGUUGCGUGUUCUCCUGGAGGAGCGUCGUGAUUCAGUUAUUGCAGUGCGUGAGGUCCAGACCUAUCACAUUGAAUGCAUUGAGACCACUACAUGGAUUAAGGAUAAGGCACGUCUUAUUGAAGCUACUAAGGAUCUUGGUAAUGACUUGACUGGUAUCAUGGCACUACAGCGCCGUCUCAAGGGGAUGGAGAGUGAUCUUGCUGCUAUCGAGGCUAAGUUGGAAUCUUUGGACAAGGAGUCUGAGAAGUUGGCCCAAGAACAUCCCGAGGAUGCAGAGGAGAUCAGGCACAGAUACAACCUCAUCAUUGAGAUCUGGGAGGAACUCAAGGAGCUGCUGAAGACCAGGGAAGCUGCCCUGAACGAAGCUGGUGACCUCCAGCAGUUCCUGCGUGAUCUGGAUGAAUUCCAGGCCUGGUUGUCUAAGACCAUGACUGCCGUGGCCUCAGAGGACAUCCCUGAGAGCCUGAAGGAGGCUGAGAAGCUCCUGAACAAACACGCUGCUAUCAAGGAUGAGAUUGACGGCUACGAGGAGAACUAUGGCAAGAUGAAAGAACAGGGAGACCGCAUCACUGAGGGACAGACGGAUACACAGUACAUGUUCCUUAAGCAGCGUCUCCAAGCCCUUGAUGAUGGCUGGAUUGAGCUGCACCAGAUGUGGGACAACAGACAACUUCUUCUUUCACAGGCCCUCAAUCACCAGAUGUUCCUCCGCGAUGCCAGGCAGGUUGAUCACAUCCUCAACCAACAGGAGAACUUCCUUGCCAAGGUUGAACAACCUAACUCUCUUGAGGCAUGUGAUGAUGCCAUCAAGCGUUAUGAGACGUUCCUUAGCCAGAUGGAUACCAAUGAUGAGAAGAUCAACACAGUACUCAGCUUUGGACAACGCCUCUGCGAUGAGGAUCACUACGCUGCUGAUAAGAUCAACAAGAAGGCAGAGAAUAUUGAUGAGAGGCGUAAAGCCAACCGUGAUGCUGCCGAGGGUACACUAAACCGUCUUAAGGACAACCGCCUAUUGCAGUCCUUCCUCCAGGAGGCUGAUGAGCUGGGUAUCUUCCUAGUAGAGAAGACUGUCAUUGCCCAGGAAGAGACCUAUGAUGAGGCACGUAGUCUCCAUGGCAAGUGGCAGAAGCACCAGGCCUUCGAGGCUGAAUUGUCUGCCAACAAGGAACGCCUGGAGAAACUCAAAGAGCAUGGUGAUGAGUUGACAAAAGAGAAACCCGAAGUAGAGGAAGUUGUUGCCAAGCGCCUUGUAGACCUAGACCAUUCCUGGAAUGACCUUGAGGUCAUGACAGAUGAUAAGGGCAAGAAGCUAUUUGAAGCCAACAGCCAGCAUCUAUUUACCGAGAGUUGCAAUGACUUUGACAACUGGUUGACUGACUUAGAGACACAACUUGGCCAUGAGGACCCUGCCCAGGAUCUCAAGUCUGUCAUGAUGGCCAUCAAGCAACAGCAGCUGGUAGAGAAUCUUGUGACAGUGAAGAAGAAUGAGGUGAACCAGCUGCAGGCCCAGGUGUGCACCGAUAACAUUGAAGAGAUGGAGAAGAUCACAGUCAAGAAGGUGCAAGUGGAGGAGCGUUUCAUCUCAAUGGCUGAGCCAUUGACUCAUAGGAGUAAUGCCUUGCAUGCACAGAGGAGAGCCCUAGAACUCCUUAGAGAUAUUGAUGAUGAGAAGAUGUGGAUCACAAUGAAGAUGCCCCAGGCCACCUCCACGGACAUCGGCAACAGCCUACAGGCCGUUCAGGUCCUACAGAAGAAGAACAACUCCCUAAAGGUGGAGAUCGACGGCCACGAGGUGCGCAUCACAGAGCUGUGCAACCGGGCUAAGGAGAUCGUAGCAGAGGGCCACCCACAGGGUGAUAAGAUCAACCAGGGUGUGAAUGAACUUCAGGAUAUGUGGCAACAGCUCUUGGAUGCCAUGAAGGAUCGCAAGGAGAAACUCAUCGACUCAGAGAAAGCUCAACAGUACUACUUCAAUGCAGCCGAGGCUGAAGCCUGGAUGAGUGAACAGGAGCUGUACAUGAUGGGAGAGGAGAGGGCUAAGGAUGACGCCAAUGCUCAAGGGAUGCUCAAGAAACACACCAUCCUGGAGAGUGCUGUAGAGGACUAUGCAGAGACUAUCAAUGAACUUUCGCAUGAAGCUAAACAACUGGUUGAUGAAACCCAUCCACAGAGCGAUCAAAUAGCUAUCCGCCAGUCCCAGAUUGACAAGCUGUAUGCCGGCCUGAAGGACCUUGCCGAGGAGAGGCGAGGGCGUCUGGAGGAGACCACUAAACUCUUCCAGCUCAACAGGGAGGUUGAUGACCUGGAACAAUGGAUUGCUGAGAGAGAGGUCGUUGCAGGAUCACAUGAGCUUGGACAAGACUUUGAGCAUGUCACUAUGCUUCAAGAGAGAUUUGAAGAGUUCUCAAGAGAAACUCGCAACAUUGGUACACAACGUGUUGCUAACGUCAACCGAAUCGCAGAUAACCUGAUUGAGGCUGGUCAUACAGACUCCUCUAUCAUUGCCGAGUGGAAGGACCAACUCAACGAAUCAUGGGCUGACCUGCUGGAACUGAUGGAAACAAGAACAAUGAUGUUGGCAGCGUCGUAUGAACUUCACAAGUUCUACUAUGAUGCUAAGGAAGUACUCGGCAGACUACAGGAGAAACACCAGGAGAUGUCAGGGGAUCUUGGUAAGGAUGCACAGUCUGUGACUGUUCUUCAACGCAAACACAUCACCUUCCAGAGUGAUCUCAACUCACUACAAGUACAGGUUGAGGGCGUUCAGGAAGAGGCACAGAGGUUGAGAGCAUCCUACGCCGGCGACAAAGAACGAGAGAUCAACAACCGGGAACAGGAAGUAUUGGACGCCUGGAACAACCUGAAGAUGGACAUCACAGGACGUAGUCUCAAGCUGGAUCACACCAGCGACUUGUACCGAUUCUUGAACAUGGUUAGAUCCCUUAUGCUGUGGAUGGAUGAUAUUAUCCUCCAGAUCACCUCACAGGAGAGAGCAAGGGAUGUGUCAGGUGUUGAGCUACUGAUGAACCAACAUCAGAAUGUCAAGGCUGAGAUUGACACGAGAGAUGACAGCUUUACUGAAUGCUUCAACUUAGGCAAAGAGAUGCUGGGCAAGAACCACUACGCAAGCAAAGAGAUCCAUGGAAAGUUGGUUGGUGUUGGAACCAGACGCCAGGACAUGAUCAAUGAAUGGGAACACCGUUGGGAAUUCCUUCAACUCAUUCUUGAGGUAUACCAGUUUGCUCGAGAUGCCCAUGUUGCCGAAGCAUGGCUGAUCAGUCAGGAAGCAUACCUGAGGAAUACAGACUAUGGAAAUUCCCUUGACGAGGUAGAGAAGUUGAUCAAGAAGCACGAGGCCUUUGAGAAAGCUCUACAAGCCCAAGAAGACAGAUUCAUUGCCUUGGAGAAACUUACCACGUUUGAAUUGCGUGAGCUGCGUCGUCGACAAGAUGAGGAGAGGAGAGCAGCCGGUCAGGAGUCACCUCCAAUGAGAGAGUCGCCUUCCUUGAAGCACAAGGUUGUAGAUGACUUCAUGAAAGAGCAACUAGAGGUAGAGAGGCAAGAGGAGGAGGAGCGUAUUCGCAUGGAACAGAAAGAGAUUAGACAAGCAGCUGAGGAGAUGGUACAACAAGCCCAGGACAUCGCCCAGGAGGAAUCUGCACCGCCCCCACCCACUCCAGUUGUUACCUUUGAGCCCGCUGAUGAGGGUGAGGACCGGGAAGACGCUGGAGCAGUUAAUGGUGAGGGAGAGCCAGGUCCAUCAGCAGCGGCUGUUACGGCUUCAGGAGACGACAGCUCUUUUGAGGCAGAGGGUUUCCUGCUGAGGAAACGCCUUUGGGAAGCUCUGGACAGGAAAGCAUCCAACAGAUCAUGGACCCAGGUCUAUGCAGUCCAACAUGGUAUCUCGCUAGCCUUCUUCAAAGACAAGAAGUCAAAACUACAAGAGAUUACGUUCCAGAAGGAGCCUCCAAUAGACUUGACCAGCGCCGAAGUUGAAGUAGCCAAGGACUACACCAAGAAGAAGCACGUCUUUAGACUCAAGUUGCCUGGUGGUAUUGAGUACUUAUUCCAAGCCAAGGAUGACGAUGAGGUUAACUACUGGAUCGGCUGCAUCCAAACAGCGGCAGGAGGCACUGAGACAGGAGAGAAGAGAGCUUCAACGAUGCCCCUAGACCCCGGCUCAAGCGGCAAGAAGGACAAACCAAAAGCUAAAGGUGGAUUCUUCACUCUCGGCAAGAAGAAAUGAGCGCUGGAAGAAAGCCAGACGGGGACAAAUAAAACUAAGUAAAUAUCUUUGAAAUAUUCCUGUGAAUGAGGGUUUCUGGUGUGUAUUAGUGAAACAUAAAAAAAAAUAUUACAAAGUACUGCAAUUUGCUGUUUAAUACAUAAACUAAUGCAUUUGACCAUCCUGGAUGGAUUCAGGGGUCACUGUACUAUUUAACAGUGUCUUCUUUUUUGCACCAAUGUGGUUAUAAUCUCUACGUUUUCUGAAUUUUAAAUAAAAAUAAAGUACUGCUUAAGCUUGUUUCUCUGUGCUGGACUUUAAAAAAACAAUGAAUGUUCUUAUCAUGAAAGUGUACUUGAUUAUUGUUGUAGCCAAAGAAAUGUAAACUUCGUCGGACCUUUAUUCACAAAAACUUGGAAGUUAGUUUUAGGCCUUUGGCAUAUGUGCAGUAGCCCCCUGUUAUCGGCAUGGUGGUAGUGCAAACUGAAAAAACAAAAUAUAAACAAGCCCAGCAUUGGUCGCGCAUUUUGUAUUCCAGUCAUGGAUUGAAAUAAUGAGUAGUAUACACAUGGCGACAUCUUGUAUUAAGGUGGGAUGUGAACGUCAGGUUGUAGUUUGUAGUGACAGGUAGUAAUUAUAAAUACGCUGCUAUAUUGUGUAUUGUGUAUUCCUGGCAGUACUUUUACCGUGUGUUUUCAGUGUAGCUUCAAUUUCCCUUUGUGAAAGCGGUGUGGAAAGCCAAGCCAUGUGUAUGAUGUGAUAAAAUAACUGGCAUUUCUUGCAUGGAGUUUAAUGACGUAACUCUGUGUAGGAAUUGGCAUAUGAUACAAAGAGAGUGCUUCAUUGAAGCAGACAGGAGAGAAGAUAGUUGUAUUCAUUGAUUAAAAAUUAGAAGCCUCUUACACUGAGAAAACAAAAAACUAGAAAUUGUAAAAUUUGUAGAUGCUCUUCUAUAUAUCUGUAAGUAUAUAACAAGUUGAUAGUGCGCCUUGUGGUAGCCCAAACUGCACCGCUAAUGAAAGUUAGACGACACUGCAACUUAUUAGAUGUAAAUUUAACAUCUAUA